AUGGUGCUUCAACUUGUCGGCGCUCCUACAUCAUGGAAUACCCUACGUGCACGUCAUGUUCUCUUUGAGAAGGGGCUUUACGAUAUUGAAUUAGUUUAUCUGGACCUCGCAAAUGGGGACCACAAGAAACCCGCACAUGUGGCCAAGAAUCCGUAUGCCAAAGUCCCGGUACUAAUUGACGGAGAUUUUACAAUAUUUGAAUCCCGUGCCAUCGCUCGCUACGUGGCUUCUAAGUAUGGUGAUUCCACAUCCCUGGUUCCCAGUCCGACAGAUUUUGAGGGAAUUGGUCUCUUUGAGCAAGCCGCAUCAGUGGAACUAACACACUUCGAUCGUAUUGCUGAGCCAUUUGUACUCAAGCAUGUCAUUGCUAAAUUUCGAGGCACACCUGUUUCUGAAGACGAAACCUCGAGCGGUUUGGCAGACCUGGCACCAAAACUCGACACCCUUAAUGACAUACUGACAGCACAGAUCUAUAUGUCUGGGGGCCAGUUCUCAUUGGUCGAUGCCUUUUAUAUGCCUCUUGUGCAUUUGCUUGUGGGUUUAGGGUUCCGGAAGCUGAUCUUUGAGAGACCCCAUCUGAAGCGGUGGUGGGAAACUGUCUCUCAGCGAGAGGCAUGGAGAAAAGCUGUCCAACCAUUUAACACAGUGUAUGGGUUUUAG